AUGUCAGGACUGCGUCAGCUAUCAUGGAUCGAUGACCGUCUCCGCGAGGCAUUCCCGAAUAGGAAUGAGGAAUUUUUUGGAGGACUAAAUAUACUGUUGGUUGGUGACCUCUUUCAACUUCCCCCCGUGCUACAGAAGCCGCUUUACUACGAGAAGGAGGUGCAGGGAGUGGAAAUCAACGGCAGGAACGCGUAUAGACGCUUCGAUAAAUCUGUCUUCUUGAAGGUUGUCCAGCGGCAACGGGGCGACGAACUGGAGGCGUUUCGCACAGCUCUCGGGGAACUGCGGCUGCUCCAAUUAUCGGUGGAGUCCUGGAAACUCCUUUCCAGCCGAGUACAGGCAAAGCUAGAUGAUCAAGAAGUCGCCAGGUUCGCCAACGCCUUGCGAGUGUACACCACUAAAGAUAGGGUGAACGAAUAUAACCACUACCACCUCGACCGUCUCAGCCGGCCAGUUAUUCAGGUCAAGGCUAAGAAUGUCGGUCUUGGCUCGGCUGCGGCCCCGGACGACAAGGCAGGCAACCUUGCGAAGCAGACCCCUAUGUGCAUUGGCGCCCGUCUGAUGCUGACGUCUAACCUUUGGCAGCCAAUUGGCCUAUACAACGGCGCUCGCGCGUCGCGUUUCUCCCUAGACAUUCGCGCCGCUUCGUCCAUGCGUUUCUGUUCUUCAUCGGUAGGGAUUUUGACGAAGCCACCGUUGUUGGUCAUGUUCGCGCCUCGAUUAAUGAAGUUGAUAUAUGACUGUAUAGAGUCAGCUGAUGGAAACUCUGAGGUACGCCCUUCACACAAAACAGUACACAUGCAGUCAGGACGCCAUGAAGGUAUGCACGAAAAUGGCUGGACUGACGUGCGUUUUGACAAGGGUCUGGCACGACGGCGUGACUUCGGGCAGUAUUGCAAUUGCAGCGGCCGUGAAUAG